ACAAUGUAUUGUAAUGUUCUGUGCUGCAUGACGUUGUGAACUUCUAACGUAGAAUUAAUUGGGUGAUGUUAGUGUGGCUGUUGGUCUUGACGUUGAGAUUUGGUGUUGGCUUGUUUUUUUUCGUAAAAGAUGAUAGAUCUCAUUUGAAUUUGUUUUUGAUUUGCACUAGUAAUGGAUUUUUGAGAUGGCUGAUAAAGCUACCCAAAACACAUAUCAGACAGAUGAAACCAGGAUAAAAGAAGAUACACAGAACACAUCUCAAACAAAUGCUGAUGUGACAGAAGGUGCACAGAACAUACCACAAAAAAAUGAAGGUGUGACAGAAGAUGAUACCUUUCAAAUUGUAGAAGAUAAUAAACGGUACUGUUGGGUUUGCUUUGCCACUGAUGAGGAUGAUACGUCGGUUGCUUGGGUUCAGCCAUGCAAUUGUCGAGGAACAACAAAGUGGGUACAUCAACCUUGCAUUCAGCGUUGGGUGGAUGAAAAACAGAAAGGAAACCCAUCAGAAAAAGUGUCAUGUCCACAAUGUAACACACAGUACAUUAUUGUGUUCCCUCAUAUGGGGCCAGUGGUUAUCUUGUUGGAUGCUGUGGAUGUUGUGAUAUAUAAGGUGUGCCCCUUUGUAGCUGCGGGUGUAGUUGUUGGAUCUAUAUACUGGACUGCUGUCACAUACGGUGCUGUUACUGUGAUGCAGGUUCUUGGCCACAAGGAAGGUUUGUCAGUAAUGGAACAGAUAGAUCCAUUAGCUCUUCUGGUUGGAUUACCCACAAUCCCCAUUGUGUUAAUUCUUGGCCAAAUGAUUCGCUGGGAGGACAGCGUUCUUGCAUUCUUAAGACGCAACUCCUACAAAGUACCACUUCUCAGGCACUUAUUUCCAACAAGUGGGGAGCAACGGAGGAGCAGCGUGGAUGUGUCACCUUUGUCAGACACUGUUUCGGCUAUACGAAUUUUAUGCAGUGCACUUUUAUUACCUACAUUUGCAACUUUGUGCGGCAAGUUGUUGUUUGAUUCCGUACCUUCGACUCUCAAGAGGACAAUACUUGGUGGAGUGGCAUUCAUCACUAUCAAAGGGGCUUUGAAAAUCUACCACAAACAGCAGCAAUAUGUUCGUCACAGUCAGAGAAAAGUUCUUGAUUUUACAGACUCAAAUAUUAAUGCCAUCAAUAAUCCUAGCACUGGGGUUCAACCUUUAUCACGUGACCAAAGAAUGAACCAGUAA